AUGAUCUCCAUUCAAGUUGGCUGGAACGGGGAAUCUCCCUCUACAUACCGACAAAGAUCCUCAGUUGUGCAUGGCUGGCUCACCAAGAUACGCGGAACACUCAUAGAUAACGAAAGGGAGCGUCAGAAGGGUAUCAAGGAGAUUAAGCGAGCAAGAAAGAUACAUGACCUGGGUCUUCAGCCUAAACGUCCUCUUCUUUCCUUGUUCGGCGGGUCUUCCAAACCUCAGCCGAGCCGUGCGACAGGUGGUAAAGGUGAGGCCGCACUGAGGCCCCUCGCCCGCCGGCAUACAAUGCCUGGGUCCACGAGGCAUGAUUCGCACGCGAAGACGAGCGGCGAUGCGAUGAAGUCAGGCGCUCGGCCCACGAGGCAAUCUUCUUCUGCUCGUCCGCAUCAUCGUCCCAGUGGACCUUCCUACCGCUCGGGCGAGCGGCCGCGAGCGAUGGAGCAUCGUCAUGGUGAGCGGCCUCAGACUAGAGAACCCUCCAGGGAACGUCCACGUGCCAUCGAGCCGCCUAGACGCAGAGCUACCACGGGUGGCACGCAUUCACCGGCCGGACGUCGCCCAACUGCUCACAAAGAGACCAUUCGACCGGCGUCGUCGAACCAAGUCGUUGUGGCGACGCGCACUCCAUUGCGGCAGCCGCCAACUCCGAGUCGCCGUCCAUCGGCGAAGCGUUAA